AUGAUAAAUUCUUUCUCCGAUACCAAAUCCUGUCUACGAUGUCUCAAGACAGACCGCCAAUGCGUCUUCGCUCCACCACAAAGGAGAAAGCAGCGUCAGCGAACGGAUACUCGAGUGGCCGAUCUAGAAAAAGAAGUGAAAUCGAUGCGUGCUCUCUUCCUUCAACGGAAGAUAGAAUCAGCGCUAGUUUCUUCAAGUCCCAACGAUCUAGCAAUAGAAGGAGGUGAUAGUAGAGAUUCAGCGACAGGGAACAUGACAUCGUUUUCUAGAAACCUAAAGUAUCCUACUACUUCAAACAAGACGAGCUCAAAAUCUGACGGAAAAAGAGUACCUGCAUACAACUCGCAUGACAGCGGUACAUUGAGCUCCGUACCUGAACUAGAUGUUAUUGACCGUGGCUUGUUGACAUGGCAAUAUGCAGAAGCACUCUUUUAUGUGUUCAUCAACGAUCUCUUUCCACACUAUCCAUGUGUUUACUUUAAGCCAGGAACAUCGCCCGAACAGACAAGACGUAAGAGGCCUAUUCUUUUCCUUGCGGUAAUCGCUGCUGCCUCCGGAAAGGUCGAUCCACAUCUGUAUAGCAUCCUCCACAGUGAGGUGGUGACGGCAUACACCCAACGAGCUGUAUUCCAUAACGAAAAAUCACUGGAACUGGUUCAAGCGCAGCUUGUAACCUCAGUAUGGUAUUACCCACCAGGAGCAUUUGAUAGACUAAAGUUUUACGAAUACAUUCAUAUGGCCACUACUAUGGCAAUAGAAAUUGGCCUUGGAACCGACCCCAAUCCAUCAAGAAAGCGAUACGGUAUAGAUCAUGCGCCGUUUCCUAGUGUUAAAAGCGAUUCGGUCACACUUGAUGACGAUUUAGAAAGACGAAGAACCAUCUUAGCAUGCUAUUUGGUUUCUACCGGAGUAUCUGUAGUCAUGCGGCGACCCAAUAUGCUUAGAACAAACAAAUGGAUCGACAACUGUGUGGAAUUUUUGACUGCUCAGGGCACAGUAUCAGCUUUAGAUGAUACCUUGGUGGCAUGGGUAAGACUACUUCAACUGACUGAGGAGAUUGUUGCUUCGUUUUCUCUUGAUGACCCGGGCAAUAUUGCCGACUUAGCUGAACGUCAAACGCAAUUGAUGCUAAGCGCAUAUGAGCAAAAUUUGAUAAACUGGAAAGAAAAGUUUCUCCCCAGCGGCUCCACUAAUGUUACACUGAACCUAGCAUAUUUACAUACGCAGAUUUUCAUACAUGAAAUUGCAAUGCAUGAUGAUCAUGCUCCUGGUGAUCUACUGCCGCCAUAUACACUUAGAAAGAUUUUGUCGAUAGCUCCAGAAAUACAUGGCACGUCAUCCCAUGUAAAGCCAAUAACCGUCAUCAUCUCCUCAAUCCAUACCCUUCUCGACUGCUUCCUGAACAUGGAAUUGCCGACACUUCGUUCAAUGCCUAUAUCCAACUUUACACGACUAGCUUACCCCGUCGUCGUUCUUACCAAACUGCACAUAUCUGCAAAAUCACCAACUAGCAAUAUUGGUUCGGUUUUGAACCAUUCUGACCUCAGACUAGGCUUCUAUCUUGAUUCCCUUAUCAAUAAAUUACGCUUAGCAGUAGGGCCAAUGGAAUGCCGAGCCCCUUUAACGUUUCUCAGGCUCUUAAUUGGACUUCAAGCAUGGCACAAUGAUCAGAAGAGUCACACUCAAUUCAGAGAGCCCCUCAAUUUUGACGAUGAAUUCGUCUCAUGCUGGAUGUCACCACCACCAAAUCUCAAUGGUACUGCAAGAGAAGAGGAACUCAAGGGGAGAGACGACAUUUUGAUAUCACAACACCAAACCUCAGACUUUCAUACGCGUGAUUUGUCGGAUCUUGCACCAGGGGACCUCUCUGGCGAUAAAACAUUGUCUGAUUUCGAUGUUGACUGGGCCAAUCCUGAAGUCAAUGAGUUUCUGUUGCUUGGAGAUAUCGAUGCGGAGUUCGGGCACAUCGAGUGGAAUAAUGCGUUAGAUUCCCAACGUGCAUUCCAGGGCAUUGAAAGCUCUAUGUGGAACGGCAAUGAGAGCAGCAGUUGA